AGGAAUAUGUAUCCGGUUUGUGUGAGUUUCCCGUGCCCUCUCACCUUAAUCUCACGUCUGUCAAACGGUCGUGAAUUUUCAGAAGAUGUGAGACUUCGGGAAGUGGGCACACCAAGAAGAUUGCAUCACGAAUUCGCAUGAUGCCUUGACGUUCAAAAUAUAUUACGACCUCCGAUGCUCCGAUUUAUUUGUGGUAACGACGAGAAGGAAUCUGUCGGUAAAGGGAGCGAAAUAAUCAGUUCAUAUAGCAAUGGCCACGACAGAAGGAGUCACGAUAGAGGAGCUCAGGAUUGAAAUUGAGAGACUUUCACGCGAAUUAGAUUUAGCUUCUACAGAAAAAAUUCAAUCUGCUCAAUACGGUCUUGCUUUGCUCGAAGAGAAAUCUGCCUUACAACAAAGAUGCAACGAUCUCGAGGCCCUCUACGAAAACACGAAACACGAGUUGGAAAUCACGCAAGAGGCUUUAGCAAAAUUUCAGACUACUACAAAAUUAACUACAAAAAGUGGUAUUGAACAAGAAGAAACUCUUCUUAAUGAAAGUGCUGCAAGAACAUCUCUUCAGACACAAAUUAUUGAAUUAGAAAAUGAAACAAAACAAUUACGUCAUGAAUUAGAACGUGUUCAAGCAGAACGUGAUCAUGCAUUACAAGAACGAGAGGAAGUUGGAAAAGAUCAUCAACAAGCAGAAACAGAAAGAAAAUCUUUACGUACUAUGUUACGUGAAUGUAGAUUUCGUGAAGCUCGACUUUUACAAGAUUAUUCAGAAUUAGAAGAUGAAAAUAUUUCAUUACAAAAACAAGUAUCUGGUUUACGAUCCAGUCAAGUAGAAUUUGAAGGUGCUAAACACGAAAUAAGGAGAUUAACAGAAGAGGUGGAACUUUUAAAUAGUCAAGUUGAAGAAUUAACAAAUUUAAAAAAAAUUGCUGAAAAGCAAAUGGAAGAAGCACUUGAAUCCUUACAAGCUGAGCGGGAAGCAAAGUAUGCUCUUAAAAAAGAAUUGGAUCAAAGAAUUAAUAGCGAAUCAAUUUAUAAUCUUAGUAAUCUUGCACUUUCAAUUCGAGGAAUUACGGAAGAUCAAACUAUAUGUAGUGAUGGAGAAGAUGAUUCUCCUGCAUUACGUAGAAUUGAAGCAGAUUUAAAAACUCAAGAACCAGGUACUUCUGCUACUGAUAAACAAGUUGAUUUAUUCUCUGAGAUUCAUUUAAAUGAACUAAAGAAAUUAGAAAAACAAUUAGAAUUAGCAGAAUCUGAAAAAGCUCAUCUUACGCAAAAUUUACGAGAAUCGCAAUAUGCGGUUGAAAAAAGUCAAAAUGAAUUACAGUCCUUUGUUGCACGUAUAGUGCAAUUAGCAGCUCAUGUGCAAUCAUUGCAUCAUCUUCACUCAAAGUUACCUGAGAAACAAACUGAAGAACCAACAUUAGAUAAAUUGAAUCAGGCAAUUAUGCAAUAUCAUCAAUGGAGUACUAUGUCAGCACGUGAAGUGAAUCAACUUCAAAAGGAUUUAGCUGAAUUAGAAAAUGGUUUAACUAUAUCUGAUUCAACUCAACAACUACGAACAGAAUUAACAAAUCUUAGAAACAAGCAACAUUGUGGCAAAUAUUAUGAAGAAUGGAAAUGUAAGUCAAUAAUAUAAUAAAAUUUUAUUGAUAGAAGAUUCAAUAAAUAAAAAUAAACAAAUAAC